UCGCGGCCCAAAUCUGGGGGGAGACAGAAAGUGAAAGUGGAACGAGAAAGCGAGCGAGAGCACCCUCCACUAUAUAAUCCCAUCUCGCCACGAAAAGUUACCAUUUUCGCGUGCCUCUUUUUUAAUUUUUGGGUCGGAGAGAGAGAGAGAGAGAGAGUGUGAGAGAUUGAUUUUGUGGCAGAGAGCGGGAAGCAGAGGAGGGAAACAGCGCUCGAAGAGAGAGAGAGAGAGAGAGAGAGUGACAGAGAGACAAUGGCGAGUGGCGAAGCGAACGCGGUGGAGAAUCACGACGACGCCGUUUCGGUCGAGCUACCGGCUCCCCAGGGCUGGAGGAAGAUGUUCAAUCCAAGGAAAAGCGGGACACCAAGGAGGAAUGAGGUAGUUUUUGUUUCGCCUACUGGUACAGAGAUAAAGACCAAAAGACAACUAGAGCAGUAUCUCAAGUCUCACCCUGGAGGCCCUUCUACUUCUGAAUUUGACUGGAGCACAGGUGGAACUCCAAGGCGUUCUUCAAGAAUAAGUCAGAAAUCAAAAGCAACAGAAAUGCCAGAAAGUGAACCUCCUAAGAAAAAGCAAAAUAAAACAAGCUCAAAGAAGGGAGAAGAAGAAGAGAAGGAUGAUACUUAUGGAGAAGGUGAGGCUGAAGAAAAAGAAGAUGCUGCAGUUGGGGAAGAAACCAAAGCAAGUGAGGAAGUGGAGCUAAAAGAUAAAGAGGAUGUAGGGGAAAAGGACGCUGAACCUACAACCGAGGAAAAAGUCGAUGAAAUGGAUUUUGAUAAAAUAGAGAAUAAGGAGGCUGCUGUUGAGACAACUUCUGAUGCAAGGGAAGAAGAGGUCAUGAAGAAUAACUCACUGCCAACUCCAGGGUUAGAGGAAAAUAAGGAGGAAGCUGUGAAACAGCAGAAAGAGCCUGAAGCUUCCCUUAAACCUGAUAAUAAUCAGGAAGCUGCUAACAAGACUACUGAUGAUGCAAAGGAAGAAGAGAUUAAGAGUGACUUGCUGCCGACACCAGCUACCAAGGAGAAUAAAGAGGAAGCUGGUAAGCUGCCCUUAGAGGCAAAUUCUGAAGCAGAUGGGAAGGCUAAAAAUGAGUCUGAGGCCUCUGCUAAGAAUUUGAUCAUUAAUAACGACAAUGUUAAGGAGAGCGUGGACGAGUCGGUGCCCGCGGAUAACCAUUCAGUGGGUUGCGAGAAGACAUCGCAUGAGCCCAAGGCAUCUCAAGUUAACUGUUGAAAAUCUGCUUUGUUGGGCUUGUACUCUCUCAAUCAUGAAUUAUCUUCCCAAUUUGUCUUUGUUUUACCAGUUAGCGUAUUUUACUGAUGAUGUUAUUUCUGCUGCAAUUAACUUUACAUUAGGGACCCAUACAGCGAUCAGGUGGUGUCGAUUUGCUGUUUCUGCAGCAUCGUCAUUGCGUUCGAUUGCGUUAGAUCGAUCUUUUAUACUUGUAUUUCCAACUCAGAGCGCCCGACUCGGACAUUUGGUACUCAAAACUUAGUAGUAGUUCUCUUUUGUAAUCUCAGCUUUGUACUAAUAAACUUGCUAAUGUUGAAUAAGAGAUGAGUACUUUUCCAUAACUCAA